AUGUCGAUGUCGAGAGGCCGGGUUGAAGACACGUAUGAAGCACAAAAUGACCAGCGCCUAGAUGAACUUCAUUCCAAGAUACGUACGUUGCGUGGCAUUACUACCGACAUUAACGACGACGUUGAACGACAGAAUUUAAUGCUUGAUGAUACGGGGAACUCAUUCUCCUCGUUCGGCGCUACGUUGGCACAGACGUCUCGACGGACCGGGCAAGCAUUCGGUAUAGGCCAGGGCGGGUUGAAGUCAUGGCGAGCAGCCAUGUACGUCGUCCUAGGAUUCAUUGGGCUGUGGCUGUCUCUGAAAAUCUUUUGGUGGUGGCGGUCUGGGUGA